AUGCCACAAGUCUUGGACCUUGCUGAAGGAUGCUCUGGUUCUGCCCCAAUAGUUCAAGCUCCAAACUGGGAUUACCCAUUUGAGAUUAUGUGUGAUGCAUCUGACUAUGCAGUGGGAGCAGUGCUUGGCCAAAAGAUAGACAAGAAACUUAAUGUCAUCUACUAUGCAAGCAAGACUAUGGAUGAUGCUCAAUGCAAGUAUGCAACCACAGAGAAGGAGCUCCUUGCCAUGUCUUUGCCUUUGAGAAGAAGUUUUGAUGAGAAAGUCAGGCUGGAAGAAGUUAAGGCUCUGCGUGAUGAGAAUUUGCCUGACUUCAUGGGACCUUUCAAACCUCCUCAAAUGGGACAACUACAUUAUGGUGCUGUGGACUAUGUGUCCAAAUGGAUUGAAGCCAUCUGCCCUGCUUGUGAUGCUAAGGUUGUUAUCAAACUGUUCAGAACCAUCAUCUUUCCAAGAUAUGGCAUCCCAAGGGUUGUUAUUUCGGAUGGAGGUUCCCAUUUCAUCAACAAAGUGUUUGAGAAGUUGAUGAAGAAACUAUGGAGUCAAGCACAAGGUAGCCACGCCCUAUCACCCUCAAACCAGUGGGCAAGUUGA